UUCCUGUAGGGGGUGCAAUUCCCUUCCGUCCCCAGCUCCCUUUCUGGGUCCUGGACAAACCCAUUGCCAGGCAGCCCCCUGCCCCAGCACUCGGGGCGGUUCUUGCACUGAAGCCUGUCAGUGGGGGGUGGAAAGCAGGAGCCCGCAGGAUCCCUGCGAAGGGGAGAAGGGGGAUUUCUAUGGGGACCGGGGAUUGCUGCCGAGGGUCCCCAAAUCCGCGGGGUGGCGGGUCCUGGCCUCCCAGGGAGCCUGCCCGGGCGCGUUUCUCAGUGACCCGGGCGGUGGGUGGGAUUGGCCGGGCCGGUCUCUACAGGGCAGAGAGGAGGAAUUUCGGGCCGGGGCGCCCCGGGCUGAGCGGGGUGUGGGCCGGGGCGGGGGGGUCCUUAGCUGCUGCCCCCACAGGGCCCUGGUUCGUGCUGGGAGGGGGCGGGCUGCGCUCGCUCUGCCUCUGUUUAUCUUCCUGGGUCAGAUCCUCCAUUGCGAGCCGGGGGCCGGGCCGAGCCGCUGCUGCUCCCCGGCGGGGUCUGUGCGGGGAGAGACCGGCACUAACCCCCCGCUCCGCCCCGGGCUCGGCCCGCACCAGCCCCCGAGCCGGAGCCCGCAGGCUUGGAAAGAUGAGAUUUUUGUCGUAAAUGUCAGUUUCUCCCUAUACACAGAAAAGGGGCCGGUGACCUUCAAGGAGGUGGCUAUUUAUUUCACCCAGGGGCAGGGGGCUCUGCUGGACCCCGCUCAGAGAGCCCUCUACAGGGACGUCAUGCAGGAGAACUACGAGACGGUGACCUCGCUGGAGCGUGUUGGGAUGGUGAAUGAGAAGGAGAAUCCAGAGCAGGAAGGUGGUGAGGACGUGGGUCUGCAGGGAACGGUAUUGGGAAAAUCCAAGGGGAAUUUUCAUGAGAGUCAUAAACGAGGAAAAACCUGCAGAAACCAGCGCAGGUCAGAGAGGCUGCUGGGAUACGACCCAGGGAAGAAAAUUUGUGAACCCAUAAAUCAUGGUGGAGAUUGCAAGGACCUCAAGGAAACAACAGCCCAGCAGAGAAUCACCACAGAAGAGAGAAAAAACACAUGCACCGAGUGUGGGAAAAGCUUUAUUCGGAGGUCACAUCUUAUUUCCCAUCAGAGGAUCCACACUGGAGAGAAACCCUACAAGUGCCUUGUCUGUGGGAGAGGUUUCAGCCAGACCGCACACCUUAUUUCACACCAGAGGAUUCACACGGGAGAGAAACCCUAUAAGUGCCUUAACUGUGGGAAAGGUUUCAUUCAAGGUUCACAUCUUCUUAGGCAUGAGAGAACCCACACAGGUGAGAAACCCUAUAAAUGCCUGGAAUGUGGGAAAAGCUUCAUUCAGAGCUCAGAUCUUAUUUCACACCAGAGAACCCACACAGGAGAAAGAGUCUAUAAGUGCCUUGACUGCGGGGAAAGUUUUGAUUGGAACAUGCAGCUUGUUAGACAUCAGAUGCUCCAUACAGGAGAGAAACCCUACAAAUGCCUGGAUUGUGGGAAAGCAUUUAGUGACAGUUCAGCCCUUAUUAUUCACCAGAGACUCCACACGGGAGAGAAACCCUAUAAAUGCCUUGACUGUGGGAGAAGAUUCAAUCAGAACUCACUCCUUACUAGACACAAGAGAACCCACACUGGAGACAAACCCUAUAAAUGCCUGGAGUGUGGGAAAAGUUUCAAUCAGAGCUCAUAUCUAAUUGCACAUCAGAGAACUCACACAGGAGAGAGACCCUAUAUGUGCCUCGAGUGUGGGAAAAGUUUCAGUUGGAGCUCAGAUCUGACUGCACAUCAGAGAACCCACACAGGAGAGAGACCUUAUAAGUGCCUGGAAUGUGGGAAAAGAUUCCUUCAAAGUUCAAAUCUUAGUGUGCAUCUGAGAAUCCAUACAGGAAAAACACCCUAUAAAUGCCCCGACUGUGGGAAAAACUUCAGUCAGAGUUCAAACCUGACUAGACACCAGAACACCCACAUGAGGAUCCAUACAGGAGAGACACCUUAUAAAUGCCUUGAGUGUGGGAAAGAGUUUAGUGACAAGUCAUGCCUUAUGGGACAUCAGAAAAUCCACACGGGAGAUAGACCCUAUAAAUGCACCGAGUGUGGGAAAAUCUUUAUUCGGAGGUCACAUCUUAUUUCACAUCAGAAGGUCCACACUGGAGAGAAACCCUACAAGUGCCUUGUCUGUGGGAAAGUUUUCAGUCAGAGCUCAAAUCUUAUUUCCCAUCAGAGGAUCCACACUGGCGAGAAACCCUAUAAGUGCCUUGUCUGUGGGAAAGGUUUUAGUCAUACCGCAAACCUUAUUUCACAUCAGAGGAUCCACACAGGGGAGAAACCCUAUAAAUGCCUUGACUGUGGGAAAGGUUUCAAUCAGGGUUCAAACCUUAUUAGGCAUCAGAGAACCCACACAGGAGAACAACCUUAUAAAUGCCUGGAAUGUGGGAAAAGCUUCAUUCAGAGCUCAGAUCUUAUUAGGCAUGAGAGAACCCACACAGGUGAGAAACCCUACAAAUGUCUUGACUGUGGGAAAAGCUUUGUUCUGAGCUCAGAUCUUAUUUCACAUCAGAGUGCUCACACAGGAGAUAAACCCUAUAAGUGCUUGGACUGUGGGAAAAGUUUCAAUCAGAGUUCAUACCUAAUUUCACAUCAGCGAACGCAUACAGGAGAGAAACCCUAUAAAUGCCUCGAGUGUGGAAAAACAUUCAGCUGGAACUCAAAUCUAAUUUCACAUCAAAGAACUCACACAGGAGAGAGACCAUAUAAGUGCCUGGACUGUGGGAAAAGGUUUAUUGACAACACGGCCCUUAUUAAACAUCAGAGAAUGCACACAGGAGAGAGACCCUAUAAAUGCCUUGACUGUGGGAAAAGUUUCAGUCGGAAAUCAACCCAUAUUGGACAUCAGAGAAUUCACAGAGGAAAGAAACCUUGAAUAUGGGAGAAGCUUCAGCUGGGGUCAGCUUGUAUCAGGCAUCAGGAAAGUCAGACAGGGAAUAGACCUCUUAAAUAUCUUUAAUGUGGAAAAUGCUUCAAGUGGAAUUGACAUUAGAGACUCCUCACAGGAGAGAAAUUCUAUCAAUUCCAUCCCUAGGACUGGCCUUAGUUUAUUUUAAAAAAUCCAAUGCCCCUGCACAUAUCUUUGCUUUCAUUCAUGCUAAGUCAGACUCAUGUGGGCUGCAGACCUGGGGGGAGAAUUCAAAUGAAUCCCCCACACUGUGUGAUCGUUCUGAGCUUAAAUUCCAGUUUCCAUCAGAUGGGAAUUUGGGUUUUCUCCUUUCAUUAGGAUGGUGUUAAAACUUUUGUAACCAGCAUGACAAGAUAAGAAGGCGCCGAAUGAAGCAGGUGUUGAUAGUUCAGAGGAGAGUAUGGGUAAGUCUGUUCUCCUGAUUUUGAAUCAACUGGAACAUGCUCUGGGAUGUCACUAUAUAUGAACCUGAAAGUUUCUUAUAGUCCACCCUGUAUUGUGGAUUGUUCUCUAUUUGCUGAAGGCCGUUUGGUCACCUAGUAGUAUAUUAGUUUUGUUUUACAGGACGUAGUGCAGAUUUAGUGGGGACUCCAAAAGACAAAUGACCAUUUGCCAGAAUGCUCUUGGUUUAUUUGUACCAUUUUCCGACCCUUUGCCAUGAGAUCUUAGUGUUAUUUGAACAAUGAUUAUUAUACAUCACCAUCAGCACAAACACUGAUGGGGCCAGUGUGAGAGUUGCAGGCCGAGAGGCAGGGACUGAAACAGGGAAGGAAGUUCCUGCCUGAUCCCUGGAGUGACGGGAGAUACAGUCAGGAGAGAGAUAAAGGGCUGGGAAACUACAGGGUUUUCUCUGGAGAGCCACACAGCCGAGGCUGAGAAUUGUUAACUUGCUACAUAGGAGCCAGAGAGAGACAGGAACUAGCUUGUGAUCACUGGGUGAAACUGUCCCUGAAUCCCAAAGGGCUACAAAUGACACUGCUUGUGGAGUGAUUUGGGCGCAUCAGUGAUUCCUGGGAGGACGAGACUGAGCAGAGACAGGAAAGAAACUAGUGAAGUCAACAAGCCUGGCCGGCCCUGAGGCCAGCUGACGUCCAUCACUGAGACAGGAGAGCAAUGAGGAGUCCGUGAACCAAGCUUCUCACGCAUACCGCCUCUCUACAGUGUCCUUUACUGAGAUGACAGAGACUCACUCUCUCUGUCACACUCACCCCACGCAUGCCAAGGACAUCCCAGGGGGAUAAAACCCUCAGCCGGGAUUGGAGGUGCCGCGCCGUUCUCUGGCUCCCGUUAACCCGAGCUCCCUGGCUUUCCAGCUCUCAAAGCGUUUGCUUCUCUGUGACUGAAUCCCGGCAUCUCUAAUGGAUCCUCUGCAUUUUUCUGCCCACUGUACAACAUUGCUCCGUUUCUGAUGCCUGCGGGAAGUGGGAACAGCACCGAGCUGGGCUGGGGCCAAAAUGCUCCGUGCUGAGCUGGGUACUGGGUGUGGGGAGGAGAGUUUAGCUUUUAUUUCUGGCUUAGAAAGAAUAAAGUCAAAUUUAGUUUCUCAA